UUUACGUAUUUUAAACACGCAACUAGAAGACUGAAGAGCCUAACCUGCUUCAAUCUUCGAUAAAUAAAUUAAAUUACCAGAACCGGUAAGAAACAACAAAAAACACAAUGGCGAGCCUGAGCAUCUUCACUUCGUCUCUCUCCCUCCUCCUCCUCCUCUCCCUCUCUUUCCUCUUCUCAAAGGAGGCUGCUGCUAACUCAUUAGAAGCCCAGAAGCAGAGAGAGUUCGAUUACUUCGCUUUUGCUCUCCAAUGGCCGGGCACUUUUUGCAGAAAGACCCAUCAUUGCUGCUCUCAGAACGGAUGCUGCCGCCCAGAACCACUGACUUGGUUUACAAUCCAUGGUCUCUGGCCAGAUUAUGAUGAUGGAACCUGGCCAGCAUGUUGCAGUCAUACAGAGUUUGAUAUAAAGAAGGUUUCAUCUUUGCUACCAACACUUGAGAAGUAUUGGCCAACCUUGAGCUGCGGCUCUACGUCUCAAUGUGAUGGUAGCAGAGGGUCAUUUUGGGCACAUGAGUGGGGAAAGCAUGGGACAUGUUCCUACGCUGUAAUUCAAGAUGAGUACAGCUACUUUUCCAAGGCUCUUGAGUUGUACUUCAAAUAUAAUGUUACGGAAAUAUUGAAUGAUGCAGGUUUCUUUGCUUCAAACGCUGAAAAGUACCGACUGGGGGAUAUUGUUGCCGCUGUUAAGCAUGCUGUUGGAGCAACACCUGAGCUGGUUUGCAAGCAUGGUUCUGUGCAGGAACUUCGAAUCUGCUUAACUAAAGACUUCAAGCCUCGAGAUUGCCUCAUUCACUCUGUCGCUGAAGAUAAUGCAUCCAAUUCAAGAAGUUCUUGCCCCAGAUCUGUGAGCUUACCAUCAUACGAACCGCUUGUGCUGCCUCAAGACGUGAGUGCAGCUGAUUCAGCAGGUAUUUGGUUUAGCUAAUACAGCUGCGGAUUUAUGGCUUAGCAAAGCAUUUAUUUGUAAUGUGUACCAUUUGAAAGCCGAACCGAGAAAUGGUACAGUGAUACCUUUGUAAUCAGCCAAAACUUGUAUUACUGGUUAUAAUACAACAAUGGUGUUUAUAUAAACCUUUAUUUACCGCGGGUUAACUGAUGUUUUCAUCUCU